AACAGGUACAAACUAAUCUGCACUUUACGUUAUUCAUUUAUAUUUUUAACCUGCUCUACAAGUUGUUAAAAUAGAAAAUACACAAUAUACAUAAAAAUGUUGACACAAACAUGGUGUCUUAACAGAAAUUGCAGAGGUAAAAAUUACCUGUCUCCAUGAUUGUCACCUCUAGAGGGCAAUCAGUGAGCCUGUGAGCCCUUCCGUGUCACUCGUUUUAUGACGCAACUUCCUGUAGUGUGGAAGAAGAGAAACUCCCCUUCCGGUUUUGUCGGUCCACGCGUGGCAAUGCAAACACACGCGGAGAACCUGUCGAUCAAUCCUUGGCCAUCCACUCGAGCAGUGUGACAUCCGAGUGUAAUAUUCACUGACUGACAUUCUGUGCAGUCAUUUCACUUGAUCAGCGAUGGCGGCCAAGCUUUACUAUGGAACAAAGAAGUCAAGCGAACACGGUUGGAUUGGACGACACAUACGAAGUACAGUGUAUUAUGCAGCGAACAUUUCGAAAGAUCAUGUUUCGAAGAGGGUCCCUUGCGAAUGGCAGAAAUGGGAAUCAGCACUCGUCGACUCGUGCUGAAGAAAGGUGCGAAGCCAACUAUUUUCGAUAGACCACGGACAAGUCCGGAGCACCCUACCCCCUCCACAAGCGGACAGACUGGGCACAUGAGGUCUGCAUUUGCCAAAAGGGAAAGGAAGAGGACAAUAGAUCAGAUCAUGGACAGUACGACUACGGCAUCAGUGGCGGAUGCGGUGGAUGAACCAAUGGCAAUGGCACUAGAUUUGCCUGAUGAGGAGGGCGAUCAAGAUCAGGGAAAUACAAGAGAACAAGGAUGCCAGACGGACUGGGUACCGAUUGGGACAGCACCAACAGCAAUGACCAGUAGCAAGAGCACCCAAACAGGGAAAAUACAUCAUAGAUCAAAGGGACACCAGGUGACCCCAGAGAUCCUCGAGAGGGUUAGAGCUCGGCCGGCCAGGGUUAGUGAAGUCCCAUUGUCAAGUGUAGCAGCUCCAUCUGACAGCCCCGAGAUGCAGACUAACAUAGCAGCUCCAGGUGUGUCUGGAAUGCAAGCCAAGCUACGACCACCUCCUGCAUUGUUUGAUGAAGGACCAGCAUCAAGUCCCACUGCGCCUUUUGUUGGUGGUUCUUCCGAUGACAGCUAUGUGCCGAGUGAGUCAACGACAUCGGAUCCGUGUCAAUCUGACGGGUCGCCAGAUCGCCCAUGUACUCACCAGAUGCGUGAAGAGGGCUGCCACAAGGAACCGAAGUACAUCAUCUUUGAGUCGUGCCUCCAGAGUCUCGUCAAGUGGUGUCACUGUCCAGUCUGUGGCAGCCAGGACAUAAGCCCUUCUUGGGAUUCGAACGGUACACAGCUGACCAUGACUCUUCAAUGUGCAUCAUGUGACCAGAGGAGUAGUUGGAGCAGCCAGCCAAACAUUGGCCCUUAUGCCGCGGGCAACAUCCUGCUGUCUGCUGGCAUCCUCUUCGCUGGGGCAUCUUCUGGCAAGGUGUUGCAAGUGCUGAACAGCAUCGGAGUGGUCACGUAUGUGAAGAGGACAUUUUUCAACCACCAGGAGCUCAUCCUGCAGCCAGCCAUCAAAAAGGUGUGGGAGGAACAGCAACGGACGCACCUCACCAUGCUGCAGGUGGAAGGCCGACCCCUCGUCCUUGGUGGUGAUGGGCGAGCAGACAGUCCGGGACACAGCGCCAAGUUCGGUACCUACACCACAAUGGAGCUUGUGGCCAAUGUGGUUCUCGACCUUCAGGUUGUACAGAGCAACGAAUGUCUUGGCAGCUACCAUAUGGAGAUGGAAGGACUGAAGAGGAUGGUGGAACUGCUGAUCAGCUGGGACCUGGAUGUCGGGGUGCUGGUGACAGACCGACACAGACAGAUCGCUAAAUGGAUUCGUGAAAACAUGCCCAAUACACGGCACUGCUAUGACAUCUGGCAUGUUGCAAAAUCCAUCGGAAAGAAACUGAAGGCCAUCGCCAAGCAUAAGGACUGUGAAGACCUGAAGCCCUGGGUGCAAAGUAUAAUCAACCACCUCUACUGGGCAGCAGUGUCUACACCGCCUGGAGAGGGGGAACUUCUGGUUGCCAAGUGGAAGUCUGUGGAGCGACACAUUCAGAACAUCCACAAGGACCAUGGCGACCUCUUCCCAAUUUGUACUCAUGGACAACUGCAACGGCAAAAGAAAUGGCUCAAACAAAGUUCACGCUCAGCAGUGAAACUGGAGGAGGUGGUCAACAACAAGUCCCUGCUAAAAGAUAUCGCCAUGCUGUCGGGUGAACACCAGACUUCCAAGGUGGAGGCGUUCCAUAGCCUUAUCAUACAGUUCGCACCGAAAAUGUAUGUCUUCUCAUACAUCGGAAUGCUGUGCAGGAACCUGCUUGCUGGGCUGCACUGGAACGAAAAUUCGAGCCGCCCUAUAGCCACUACACAAGCGGGUGCUGAGCGCUAUGCAGUACGCUACCCGAAGUAUAAAGCAGGGGGCCAUGUGGUCAAGAAAAUCGCGACAGAGCCAACAUACCGCUACGUAGAUGACUUGAUCAGGGAGGUUGUUGCUGGCUGCAGACAGACCCCUGACGAGAGAACACCACUCAGCGUCACUGUGGAUGUGCCUCCCUUCCUCUGCGAUGAACUGGAGAAGCCAGACAAGGAGGAAGCCAUCGCCAAGCACAGGAGUCGCUUCGGUAAGUGUGAAAUGCCCUCCCGGUAACAGUUAGAGAUGCUACCUCAGUAGAAGCAUUUAAGUCCCAUCUUAAAACUCAUUUGUAUACUCUAGCCUUUAAAUAGACCCCCUUUUUAGACCAGUUGAUCUGCCGUUUCUUUUCUUUUCUCCUCUGCCCCCCCCCCCCCCACGUGGAGGGGUUAUUCCGGUGACCAUGGAUAAAGUGCUGGCUGUCCAGAGUUGGGACCCGGGGUAUACCGCUCGCCUGUGCAUCGGUUGGGGACAUCUGCGCUGCUGACCCGUCUCCGCUCGGGGUGGCCUCCUGCUGGCUCCACUGGACCCUCACUAAUAUGUUAGACCCACUCGACAUCCAUUGCUUUCGGUCUCCCCUAGAGGGGGGGGGUUACCCACAUAUGCGGUCCUCUCCAAGGUUUCUCAUAGUCAUUCACAUCGACGUCCUACUGGGGUGAGUUUUCCUUGCCCGUGUGUGGGCUCUGUACCGAGGAUGUCGUUGUGGCUUGUGCGGCCCUUUGAGACAUUUGUGAUUUAGUGCUAUAUAAAUAAACAUUGAUUGAUUGAC